CUCUGAGGUAGCCCGUCGCAAGCUAAAAGUCAAUUUCCUCUGUACACGCUCAGCGACAGCAUGCCCUCGGGGCCGAUACCCUUCACCCUAGUUACUGGUUCCUUUACUCCUCCCCGGGUCUACGACAAAUGCGAGAUCCUCCCCAAUGAGAAAGGCUACGAAACUUCCCUUAUAACCCUGCCAUCUGUGAAUGAUGGAUCCCGUUCGCCACCGGCGACCACAAACGAUGACUCCAAUUGCAUCCAUUCCACCCUCCUAUCCAUACUCGACGGCCCCAGCCUAUCAAACGUAAUCCUAGCAGUGCACUCCUACGCCGGGCUCCAGGGGACAUCUGCCGUCCAGGGCCUCAACAAAGCCUCUCGCGCAGAAGCAGGGAAAACCACCGCUGUGCCGGCAUCCUGUACAUUGUGGCGCAUGUCCCCGAAGUCGGCGAAUCCAUCCGUAGCAUCCUAAUUGAAAACUUUCCUGAUUUAUUCCCCG